AUGGCGCCGGCGGGGCAGCGGUUGGUGCUGUGUGAAGAGAAGAUCAGGGAGAAGAGCGGCUUCUCCCCUCACCGCGAUCUAGCUGAACUUCGGGCAUUAUCUAUUCCUGGAACUUACCAAGAAAAGAUUACUCACCUAGGAAAUUCUUUGAUGAAUUUAACAGGUCUAAAAUCUUUAGAUCUCUCACGCAACUCCUUGGUUAGUCUAGAGGGCAUUCAGUACCUGGCUACAUUGGAAAGCCUCAAUCUCUACUACAACUGCAUUUCCUCGCUAGCAGAAGUGUUCCGGCUCCACUGCUUGACUGAGCUCACGGACGUGGACUUCCGACUGAACCCUGUGGUGAAGAAUGAGUCUGAUUACCGCCUCUUUGUUGUGCACAUGCUUCCAAAGCUGAAGCAGCUGGAUAACCGCCCUGUGAGAGAGAGCGAGCGGAAAGCAUCCCAGCUGCAUUUUGCUUCAGAGGAAUCACUCGACACCAUACACAACUUCCCAACUGCUUGCAGAGUUGGAAGGCUGAACCAUUCCAGAACUAAGUGCACUGACCCCUCAGCCAAGAAGUGCUUGAUCAUGGAUGCAGAUGAUGAGGCAGUCCUGAACCUCAUUGCUGAAUGUGAGUGGGACUUGAGCAACCCUCCUAGGAGUACAAGUUCCAGCCAGAAGGAGCGAGAGGAUGACUUCCAUAGUUCCCAAGAAUCCAGACAUCUGUUGAGUCCUCACUCAGUGCAGCACCAGUGUGGGGAUUCCAUAAAGAAUGGCCAUGAGAAGAGAAAAAGCAGCUGCAGAGGGUGUUGUCCAGAAAAGAGAUUUCAGAACCAGUACUGUGGAGAGCUCCCGCCGCAGCAGGAAGACCAGCCUGAGGCCUGCUGCUCCUUUGGGCAGCACGUGCACUUCCCCCCACCCCCAGACUCCACAGACGCUGAGGACUCAGCUUCCUCUUCUCAGAAGUCAAGUUUGUCAACACAAAAGGUCUUAAAUCCUUUGCCUGCUCUUGAAAGGUACAGGAAGCGAAGAAUGCCUGGUGGGAGAUUCCAGGCGCCUGCAGACCAGGAGUGUCUUAGCUGCCUGGAGGAGAAUCUGAGCAGGCAGAACAGCUCUGAGGGCAGGAGCGAAAGGACCUUUUCUCACUUGGAGGCAUCUGAGCCUGAAGAACAGAGGCCCCACAGCACGAGCGGUGCCAGGGAGAUGUCUCCCAAGCUGCACUCAGCUAUGCCACCUGGGAAGAAGGCCACCCUAGAGAUGGCACUCCUGGAAGCACUGCUCGACCUGGUGGACAGGUACUGGAGUGGCUGCAAGUCCCUGCAUAGCAAUGAGGUGUUCCUGGCUCAGGCAAGACAUAUUUUGUCAUCUGUUCAAGAUUUUACAGCAGCUCAGGACAAUUCAACACUUGUGAAUGAAGAAAUUGGCUAUCUGACUCUUGAAAAUAAAUCUUUGCAAAAUCACCUUGUUGAACAACAGCAGCAGUUUAGUGAGAAGAUGAGUGAGGUUGUGUCGGAGCUCAACAACACUCAGAAGGAGAUGGAUGACUUGAGGCAACGUUUAGACAAAUCUUUGGAGGAGAAUAGUAGCUUAAAGUCUCUUUUGUCCAGCAUGAAAAAAGAAGUAAAAAAUUCAGAUGCUUCAGCUGCGUUAAAUUUGCAGAUCACUGGGCUUCAGACAAACUUGAAGAGGCUCUCCAAUGAGAUCGUGGAGUUGAAGCAGCACCUGGAGCACUACGACAAGGUCCAGGAGCUCACACAGAUGCUGCAGGAGAGCCACAGUUCCCUAGUCAGCACCAACGAGCACCUCCUGCAGGAGCUGGGCCAGGUGCGGGCUCAGCACAGGGCUGAGGUGGAGCAGCUGCACUGGAGCUACAAGGAGCUCAAGAAGACUAUGGCCUUGUUCCCGCUCAGCAGCACCCGCCCUGGUGGCUGCUCCUAAACCUGACCUUCCAAGUUGUGUGGCGUGCAAGUGUGUGUUCUUUACCUGCUGUGUUUGUUGCUGAAAGUUGUCUCUUCUGUUUGCAGUUAAUCUUGUGAGUUCUCAACUGUAUUUAGGCCCACAGCUCAGUUUUCUAAAACAUUCUAAAAAGA